AUGAGACGAACGAGCAUCAUGACCUUAGCAUUAGUUCAUCCAGAGAACCAAGUAGGCGUAUUCCUCUCCAAUUCUGGCGCGCGUCCACUAUGCGGGAGGCCUGCAGGCAGCGAUUGGCUGCUCGAAUUCACGGCCUUAGCGCUGUACGUGGACCGAGCGGGCCUUAGAGCGAGGGACACCGAGCUCAUGUACACCGCGCAUCCGCAACACUACGCUAUCAACGACACUCACCUGUUGAUCUUCACGACGUCUCACAUCGAUGUGUACGAGAUCGAGUCCGGGGACUGGGUGCAGACUAUCAAUUUACCCAACGCUCGUCCUCUCGAUGAAUGUGGAUGGAUCGUGUUAGUAUAUGGGGGCGGGUCGUCGGGCGCCUUCCCUUUCAACACUGACUCCGCGCCAUACCUCGUGUAUCUCAGACCACUAAUUGGAGUCGGACCUCUGAAUUUGGACCACUCGUGUUACGGAACCAACAAGAGAGGGAACAGUCACACCAGGCCAUCGAGGCACAUAACAGACUGUAAGAAACACAGCAUGUAUAUCACAUAA